GCGGCCUGCAGGGGUGGCUUGGCUUCCCGUUGCCGCCUCGGGCGCUGUACCCAGAGCUGGGAGCGGAGCAGCGCGGCCGCGCGGGCCCGGCAGGGCUGGGCCGGACUUGGGGCUCGCGAGGGGCGCCAUGCGGGGAGGCAGGGGCGCCCCUUUCUGGCCGUGGCCGCUGCCCAAGCUGGCGCUGUUGCCUCUGUUGUGGGUGCUUUUCCAGCGGACGCGUCCCCAGGGCAGCGCCGGGCCACUGCAGUGCUACGGAGUUGGACCCUUGGGCGACUUGAACUGCUCGUGGGAGCCUCUUGGGGACCUGGGAGCCCCCUCCGAGUUACACCUCCAGAGCCAAAAGUACCGUUGCAACAAAACCCAGACUGUGGCAGUGGCGGCCGGACGGAGCUGGGUGGCCAUUCCUCGGGAACAGCUCACCGUGUCUGACAAACUCCUUGUCUGGGGCACUAAGGCUGGCCAGCCUCUCUGGCCCCCCGUCUUUGUGAACCUAGAAACCCAAAUGAAGCCAAAUGCCCCCCGGCUGGGCCCUGACGUGGACUUUUCCGAGGAUGACCCCCUGGAGGCCACUGUCCAUUGGGCCCCACCUACGUGGCCGUCUCAUAAAGUUCUGAUCUGCCAGUUCCACUACCGAAGAUGUCAGGAGGCGGCCUGGACCCUGCUGGAAGCGGAGCUGAAGACCAUACCCCUGGCCCCUGUUGCGAUCCAAGAUUUGGAGCUAGCCACUGGCUACAAAGUGUAUGGCCGCUGCCGAAUGGAGAAAGAAGAGGAUUUGUGGGGCGAGUGGAGCCCCAUUUUGUCCUUCCAGACACCACCUUCUGCUCCAAAAGAUGUGUGGGUAUCAGGGAACCUCUGUGGGACGCCUGGAGGAGACGAACCCUUGCUUCUAUGGAAGGCCCCAGGGCCCUGUGUGCAGGUGAGCUACAAAGUCUGGUUCUGGGUUGGAGGGCGUGAGCUGAAUCCCGAAGGAAUUACCUGCUGCUGCUCCCUAAUUCCCAGUGGGGCGGAGUGGGCCAGGGUGUCCGCUGUCAACGCCACAAGCUGGGAGCCUCUCACCAACCUCUCUUUGGUCUGUUUGGAUUCAGCCUCUGCCCCCCGUAGCGUGGCGGUUAGCAGCAUCGCUGGGAGCACGGAGCUACUGGUGACCUGGCGACCGGGGCCUGGGGAGCCACGGGAGCAUGUAGUGGAUUGGGCUAGAGAUGGGGACCCCCUGGAGAAACUCAACUGGGUCCGGCUUCCCCCUGGGAACCUCAGUGCUCUGUUACCAGGGAAUUUCACUGUCGGGGUCCCCUAUCGAAUCACUGUGACCGCAGUCUCUGCUUCAGGCUUGGCCUCUGCACCCUCCAUCUGGGGGUUCAGGGAGGAACUAGCACCCCUAGUGGGGCCAACGCUUUGGCGACUCCAAGAUGCCCCUCCAGGGACCCCCGUCAUAGCGUGGGGAGAGGUCCCAAGGCACCAGCUUCGAGGCCACCUCACCCACUACACCUUGUGUGCACAGAGUGGAACCAGUCCCUCCGUCUGCAUGAAUGUGAGUGGCAACACACAGAGUGUCACCCUGCCUGACCUUCCUUGGGGUCCCUGUGAGCUGUGGGUGACAGCAUCUACCAUCGCUGGACAGGGCCCUCCUGGUCCCAUCCUCCAGCUUCAUCUCCCAGAUAACACCCUGAGGUGGAAGGUUCUGCCGGGCGUCCUAUUCUUGUGGGGCUUGUUCCUGAUGGGGUGUGGCCUGAGCCUGGCCACCUCUGGAAGGUGCUACCACCUAAGGCACAAAGUGCUGCCCCGCUGGGUCUGGGAGAAAGUUCCUGAUCCUGCCAACAGCAGUUCAGGCCAGCCCCACAUGGAGCAAGUGCCUGAGGCCCAGCCCCUUGGGGACUUGCCCAUCCUGGAAGUGGAGGAGAUGGAGCCCCCGCCGGUUAUGGAGUCCUCGCAGCCCCCACAGGCCACUGCCCCCCUCGACUCUGGGUAUGAGAAGCACUUCCUGCCCACACCUGAGGAGCUGGGCCUUCUGGGGCCCGCCAGGCCACAGGUUCUGGCCUGAACCACACGUCUGGCUGGGGGCUGCCAGCCAGGCCAGAGGGAUGCUCAUGCAGGUUGCACCCCAGUCCUGGAUUAGCCCUCUUGAUGGAUGAAGACACUGAGGACUCAGAGAGGCUGAGUCACUUGCCUGAGGACACCCAGCCAGGCAGAGCCGGGAUUGAAGGACCCCUAUAGAGAAGGGCUUGGCCCCCAUGGGGAAGAUAUAGAUGGAAGAUGGAGCAAAGGAAAAUACAUGAAAUUGAGAGUGGCAGCUGCCUGCCAAAAUCUGUUCCGCUGUAACAGAACUGCAUUUAGACCCCAGCACAGUGGCUCACACCUGUAAUCCCAGCACUUUGGCAGGCCAAGGUGGAAGGAUCACUUAAAGCUAGGAGUUUGAGACCAGCCUGGGCAAUACAGCAAGACCCCUCACUACAAAAAUAAAACAUUAAAAACAAUUAGCUGGGCAUGAUGGCACACACCUGUAGUCCCAGCCACUUGGGAGGCUAAGGUGGGAGGAUUGGUUGAGCCCAGAAGUUCGAAGCUGCAAGGACCUCUGAUUGCACCACUGCACUCCAGGCUAGGUGACAGAAUGAGACCUUAUCUCAAAAAUAAAUAAAUUAAUAAAAAGCAAAAAAAAAAAAA